GGGUGCGAUCUGUCACGGCGGUCAGGCCAGCCUCCACUCUGAAAAACACGGGUCGCGGGGAGCUGGAGCCGAACCCAGCAUCUUGAGCCACAAGUGGAGAAACUCUCUGCAUGGAUGGCCAGUCCAUCACAAGGCACACACAUAGAUUUUAAGAAGUCAUUUUUAUUUAAUUUCUCUAUCUUUGACAUACAUGAGGUGAAAAUGUAUAUACAUAUACAUAUGUAAUUCCCACCAGCCGUCAUACAUGUCAAAACUCCCCAGCCAAUCUUUGCACUACAAGGGCGGGUAAUACAAACGCGCGUGUACCUCUGGAUAUAUUAGCAGAAGCGCACGCCUGGUGGGCAAAACGCUGAACCUCUUCAACACAACCUGAGCGCAGCGCGCGCGCAUGUCGCAGGUGGAACGCGCUAUUGGAUGCUUAACCAUGGGUGACCCUUACAACAGCAGUAGCAGGGUGUUUAACCGAACCCCUCAGGGUCAUGUCACAUUUGGAAAUCUGGAGGACAUUGACGUGACCGCGGACAGGAGCCCGGUCUUGAGGAUCAUGAUCUCCGUUGUGUACAUUCUUGUGUGCGCAAUAGGCUUAGUUGGGAAUUCGCUUGUACUUCUCAUCAUGAGAGUGAAAAACUGCAAACAGACCACCGCCAUUAAUGUUUUCAUUAUUAACUUAGCUGUCACAGACCUCCAGUUCGUCCUGACGUUGCCGUUUUGGGCGGUGGAUACCGCUCUGGAUUUCAGCUGGCCGUUUGGAGACGCCAUGUGCAAGAUCAUACUGUCGGUCACUGUGAUGAACAUGUACGCCAGCGUCUUCUUCCUCACUGCUUUGAGCAUCACUAGAUACUGCUCCGUGGCUUCAGCCACCAAGAACAGGGUCCGUGUUCCAACAUCAAGCUCUGUCAAAUGGGUUUGCGCGUUUUUGUGGCUCGUUGCUACCGUCGCCACCGCGCCAACAUCUAUUUUCUCCACUGUGACCAAGGUGGCUGGAGAGAAGCUCUGCUUACUCAAGUUUCCUGCCGGACAUUACUGGCUGGCCUUUUAUCAUUUGCAAAAAAUUCUGGUUGGUUUUGUUCUGCCCAUGAUGAUCAUUUCCGUGUCCUAUUUGUUGCUUCUGAGAUUUCUGAGAAAGCGAAAUCUGAAUAACGAUCAUUCAAAGCGCAGGAUUCAUGUCACCAAAUCUAUCACAGUUGUGGUUCUUUCAUUCUUUCUUUGCUGGAUGCCGAACCACGCAAUUACAUUUUGGGGUGUUUUGGUAAAGUUGAACGUGAUUCACUGGGAUGAAGCGUAUUAUAUUGUCCAUACUUAUGUAUUCCCCGUGACUGUUUGCUUAGCUCAUACUAAUAGUUGCUUAAAUCCGUUUAUAUAUUGUCUUACGAGAAGGGCAUUGAGAAAGAAACUGAAAAAUUGUUUGUCAAAUACUUCCCCUUGGUUAUUAAACAGGUCUUUUCAGAAAUCUGGGAGGCAUGCAUGAGCCACGUAAUUAGAAAAAAAAAUAAUUUAUAUGGAAAAUAUGUAUGCAUUCUGUAAAAAAUAAUGUUGAGAUUUUAUCAUUUCAACUUUUUAUUUUUUUUGUAGACA